CAUUACGAGAUCUUACAGAUCAAAACCGACGCGACGCCGGCGCAGAUCCGCGGGGCGUACAGAGCCGCCGCGCGCGCGCAUCACCCGGACAAGGGCGGCGACGCGAGCGCGUUCGCGAAAGUCCAGCUCGCGUUCGAGACGCUGUCGGACCCGAAGCGACGCGAGACGUACGAC